GAUAGCUAUCGGGAGGCCGUUCUUGUCUCCUUCGUCGCCAAGAAAGAGGAGAGAGAGAGAGGGGCGAGAGAGACUCCAAAACCCUAACCCUAGAUAUCGAUCUCUGCGGUCAUGGCGUCCGGUGGGUCUUCCGGUAGAUCUGGAUCGGGCUCCCGUUCGUACGAUUUCGGAUCCGAUGAUGUUCUCUGCUCUUACGACGACUACGCCGCGCAGGAUAACUCCAAUGGAAAGCGAUCGGAUCCCUCGGGAAAGUUGCUGCCUUGCGUGUAAUUGCUUCUGAAUUCUGAACUUUGAGGCGUCUGGCGUUGGAUUGGAAUUGGAACAGAAAGUUUGGAUCUAGACUGGAAAUGGGCGAUGAUGUUGAGUUGAUUUCUUGAUCUUUUUGCUGUGGUCUAAAAGAUUCCAUUGGAUGCAUAGGAAAAGAACCGUCUUGUUGGAUUAUGAUAAGAAGCUAUCUUGUGGAUUUCGUGGAAUCAGGGUUCUCCCGGUUUCUUCUGUCUUCCAAAUACAAUAGCCUCUGAAAUUUUUAAUAUUGGUUUAUUUUCUUGGCGAGAGUUGUCUUCCUGGCAUGCCUUUGGUUGUGAAAACUGUUUAUGUGGACUCAGUGUCGAAAUAAUGAAUUGGUCCCUUUUUCUCAUUUUAGUGAAGAUUCUAUCACGUGCCAGGAUUUUCAUGAGAGCAGAAUGGGAAGACCAUUGGUUAAUAUUUAUGAGCAAGAGGACUAUUCCAAAGAGAAGGUGAUAUGUGCUGUUGAAAAGUGUAUGAAGAAAUAUGCUGACAAUCUACUCCGUUAUCUUGAGGGAAUUAGCGGACGACUGUCUCAGCUGGAGUUAUAUUGCUACAAGAUUGAGCGCUCGAUAGGGGAAUUUCGAUCAGAUAUUAUUCGGGAUCAGAGUGAAGGAGAACUGAAGUUCAAGUCUAUUGAGAAGCAUCUCCAAGAAGUCCACAGGUCUGUACAAAUUCUGAGGGACAAACAAGAACUGGUUGAAGCUCAGAAAGAGCUGGCCAAACUUCAACUUGUGCAGAAAGAGUCUACACAGAAGAAUGAAGAGGCUGUUGUUCCAUCAUCAUCUGAGACCAAACGGCAUGAUGACAAGCCAAAUGUGGCAAGCCACCAGUUGGCUCUUGCUCUGCCUCACCAGGCAGUCAGUCAAUCAUCAGCAUCGCUACCCAUGCAGCAGCCAGCACCUGUGCAGCAAGAUCGCUCUAUGUUGAACCAAGCGCACACAUACUACUCACAGCAUCAACCUUUGCCUCAAGAACAAAGCCAACCGUUACAAGCUGAGCUACAAUAUGUGCAACAGAGGCCCCAAAUUCAGGAUAUUCCAGUCCAGGCACCACAGCAGCAGCCUCAGAUUGCAAGUCAGACUCCACAGCCAUACCCUCAGUACCAGCAGCAAUGGCCUCAGCAGCCUCAGCAGUUUUCACAACAGGUGGUGCGGCCGCAGCAACCUGCUCCGCAGGCUCCAAUCAGAACUCAAGCUCCACCACCGUCUUACCCUCCUUACCCCCCACAACCUGUCAAUCGUGUUCCUGAAUCAUACCCUGGCAGCAUGGUCGUGCAGGUUCCUUACUCCACAAUUUCUCAGCCUGGUGGGAGUCGUCCUGAAGCUGUGUCAUUUGGUUAUGGAGAACCAAGCAGCACAGUCUCACCACCAAUGCCUCAGCAUAGUUUACAACGGCAGCCACAGCCUCCAACUAGCCAGAGCUCUUUUGGACCAUCGCCGAGCAAGGGUGGCUAUGUGGGUCCUGCACCUUACACACCACCAUUGAAUGUUCAGAGUUACAGCACAACAUACAACUAUCCUCCAAGCAAUGUUUCAGCUGCCCAGAAUCAGCAACUGCCACCUGGUAAUGUUGUUGGGGUCCAUCAUCCUGGCCCACAGCUGAUGCGCAGUCACCCAUAUGGAGAAAUGAUUGAGAAAGCUGUCAGCAUGGGAUAUGCAAGGGAUCAUGUUGCAAGUGUGAUCCAGAGGGUGGGGGAAAGUGGUCAGCCCAUGGACUUCAAUUCCUUGCUUGAUAUGCUCAAUGGCCGAGUUACUGGUGGAUCCACGCGAGUAUGGUCGGGCUAGCACGGUGGCUUUAUGCAGAAAUGGAGAGGUAUCAAUAUAUCCUAAAGGAGGUGCUUUUUUAAUGCUUCCUUCUAGUUAUCAUGUGUUACAAAAAUAAUCGUUAUCGUUAAGUGCAUGGUGGUUGUAAAUACGAGUGGAUGCUCGUAUGAGCGUUCUUGCGGUUCUUGCGAUUCCUGCGGUCACAUGAAUGGUGGUGGUGCCAACGGAAUCACUAUAUAAAUUGAUGGUGAAUGUGUUGCUGGGACGUAUUAUGCAAAAUUAGAAAUUAGCCUUCAUCUUUUGUUGAGCAUGAUCUCAGUUGUUAUAAAUGGCUACAGCAUGGAUAUUUUUGUUUUUGUAGUCUCCUAGAACCAAUUAAAUUUUAGGGGAUUCUCUCCAUUUCCUUUCCGGCUAUAUCCAAA